AUGUGGAAAGUCGAAGACCUUUGCCCACUCACUGCUGUCUGUCGUCAAUGGCGCAAUUUGGCACUGGUAACGCCGUCGCUAUGGUCAACAGUCCUAUCGGACGAUUCUCUCGACGAAUGGCCUCAGAAUGUCGCAUUGUACAAGCGCUACAUUCACCGAUGCACUCAUGGUCCUCUAUACGUCAUCCUUCUGCCAGCGCAGUACAAAACAAACUUGAAGAUAUGCGCGAGCGUGUACGAGAGCUCUAUGUGGAGGGUUCAGACGACAUGCGUUCCAAUGCCGGACUGGCCCUCCCAUUCUUACCCAAUCUCGAACGCUGCGCCUGGAUCAAUCACGCCAUUGACACCCAAAGCCCAGAUCCCUACAAAUUCUGCGACUCACUACGGCUCCGCACCCUAGAGCUCCGCCGCCCACCAUGCAU